AUGGCUAAAACAAGAUCUAAAUCAGCAGCUGCUGCUACCACUACUGCUGCCAAAGCUUCUCCAACUGCAGCUAAAGUAACCAAAAGCAAAGUUAUCAAACCAUCAUCAUCACCAUCAAAAACCACCAAGAAUAAAUCAGUAAAGAAAACUACCACCAAGAAGACUACACCUAAGCAAGAAGAAGAAAAAAAAGAAGAAAUUGUGGAAACUGUUACCGAGAAUUCAAGUUUAAUUCCUGAAGAAAUCACUGAAAAGGCAAUUAGUGAAUUGAAAAAAUAUAUAACCAGACAAUCACAACAAGAAAUAGAAUCCAAAGAUUCCAAAAAAUCGAAAUUGUUUGAUGAAGAUGAAGAUGAUGAAGAUGAUAAACAAAAUGAAUCCUUCUACUUGACUAUAGAUUCUAAAAAAUUCUGGUCUUCUAAACCUCAAUUCAAACCAAAAUCAAUCAAAUUAACCAAACCAUUAUAUGAAAACAACCAGAAUUCCACUAGCAAUAGUAAUAAUGAUAUAAUUGUUGAUAAUAAUAUAUGUUUAAUUAUUCGUGAUGAAUUAAUUAAAUCAAUUGAUGAAUUAAAUGAAUUAGACAAUAGUCAAUCAUUAUCACAAAUUUCUCAAAUUAUUCCAUUAAAUUCUAUUAAAACUGAAUAUAAAUCAUUUGAAAAAAAACGAGAAUUAUAUCAUCAAUUUAAAAUUUUUUUAAUUGAUGAAGCUAUAUUAAAUAUUAUGCCUAAUACUUUAGGUAAAGUAUUUUAUUCAAAAGGUUCAUCUAAUGAUAAAAUCCCUAUUCCAAUAAAAGUCACCGCCACAAAGACAGAUUCAGAAUCACAAUCUAAUGGUAAACAAUUAUCAAUAGUUACCUUGACUAAUCAAUUAAAUAAAGUAUUAAAUAGUACUUAUUAUUUACCACCAAUUGGUAAUAAUAUUACUAUUAAAAUUGGGAAAAUUAAAUUUGAUAAUAAUGAUUUAAUUGCUAAUAUUAAUGAUGUUGUAAAAAGUUUAGAUUUGGAUACUAUUAAAUCAAUUCAUGUGAAAACUUCAACUUCUCCAGCAAUCCCAUUGUUUUAUACUAAAUCCCUUUCACAAUAA